GGCAUCAAAUUUCCCUCCAACAAGAACAUGGCUGCAGUGAUGGAGAGUAAUAUUGGAGGGAAAUGUAAGAAACACACAGAGACAAUCCAGGGCUUGUGUGACACUUGUGAUGAGGUGGUGUGUGUCAAGUGUAUGAUGGGUCACCAUAAUGGACACACAUUUACCGACCUAGAAGCCAAGGUAGAGGAGAAAAGGGGUUCCCUACAGGACCACAUGCUGGAGAUGAAGAAGAGAAUCCCUGUGUUACAACAGAGGGUGGCUGAACUAUCCAUACAAGAUGAUAAGAACCAGAGAGAUACAGAGGCUGUCAUAGCCAGCAUCACACAAAAAGGUGAAAACAUCCGCAGCAAACUAGAUAACAUAAUCUCAAGCCUCAUAGCUAAUGCAGAAAACCAGCGAAAAGACACAGCGAGACAACUCAGUGGUACACAAGAAGUAACAGAAGACCUCAUAGCAAAAGGGAACUCAUUUCUCGAGAGCGUUGAGAACAGGCUCAAGCACAGUUCUCACCUCGAGAUCAUUCAGUUAGAAAAAGAAUGUGCUAAGCUUUUAAUGAAAAUGUCCGAGGAUCACCUGAUUUUCCACGUGGCAACUCCACGAUUUGUUGGCGGGGAGGAGAGUGUUGAGAAAUUGCAAUCAAUGGUGGGAGACUUCUAUUCGGACCUUGCAUCUUCACUCAAACUCAUGAGUUACGUCAGAAUUGACUCAACACUGACACCUUGUGAAUCUGAUAUUUUCAUCUCCAAAAUCUGCCAAGUCGGCAACACAGAAGCCUGGGUAAAAGGUUUUAGAGAGGAUGAACUCAAAAUGUACAACAAACAAGGGAAACUGCUAAAGACACUGCCUUUGAAACCAACAUGCCAUGAUUUUGCCACAACCAAAAGUGGCUUGUUAAUGACAGUUGACCCCAAAAUGCGCUGUGUUCAAAACUUAAGCUCGGAGGGAGAAUCUACAACACUGAUAGACUUUCCAGAAGGUUUGUUGCCUAUCAGUAUAUAUGUGAACAGAACAAGUGGAAACUUCCUUGUUGGAUUGGUAGACAGUUUAAAAUACUCCAUUGCCUCUGCUCAAAACACACGACUCCUGAAAAGAUUCUCUUUUGAUGGACAGGAACUACAGACAAUACAGUACCAGAUCAAAAAGUCUUUCUUUGGUCGGCAGACAUCAUCCAAUAUUUUCAGCUACCCCUAUCGUAUAGCUGAAAACGAACAAACAGGAGACAUCGCAGUCAUUAACUGGACAGGGGAUUUCACUGGCGAGCUUGUGGUCCUCAGUAAAGAUGGAGAGGUGAUCUUUAGACAUUCACAGACAGAAGAUGAAGACACCUUUAGUCCCUGGGAUGUGGCCUUUGAUGUCCUAGGAAAUAUUGUCGUGAGUGACCGAUACGGCAGGAACAUUCAAAUGUUUAAGAUAUCGGGAAAGGCCAAAUGUAUCCUUCACAAGUGCAGUUACACACCCCAUGCUAUUGAAGCUUUCCCUGAUGGCAAGUUGUGGAUAGGGCAUUCUAAUGGGAAAAUCAGCAUUAUCCAGUAUAUGGAAUAGCAAAAUCAUUGUUAUCCAGUAUAUGGAAUAGCAAAAUCAUUG